UCCACUUGGUCCUCUUUUCGACUUCACUUCGAGAACUUGAACCACCAAUUAGUUUAACGCCGGAGACGCGGCCUCUCGCGACGUUUCGCCGAUAGAUAGCCGUAUAAAGAAGCCAUCGAUUACGAUUAGCAGAUAAACAGGAUGCCCCGGAAGAGGCGCGCGUCGACCUCGUCGUUGGAGGAGUACCCCUCGGAGGAGAAGUACGCGAAGGACGACAUGGACAGCCGGGCGCCGCGAAACGCGGCCAACGCCCGCGAACGCGCCAGGAUGCGUGUCCUAAGCAAGGCAUUUUGCAAAUUGAAAACAACUUUGCCCUGGGUGCCUUCCGACACCAAGCUGAGCAAACUCGACACCUUGAGACUCGCCGCGACUUAUAUCGCUCAUCUACGAGCGGUGCUCAAGGACGACGGUGAGGCUCAUCCUGAAAGCACCAAGUCCUUGUCGCUGACUUUGUCGUGGCCAUUCGCCAUACAAAACAGCAACGCCGCCGCGAUGAUGAACAACAGUUGCAAUGUGUCCUCCUCGACUUCCACGGGCUGUAAUCAGUAUCGAGGACAGCAGGCGACUCACGACAUACAAAACUUCCAUCAUUCGGGGCAUCAGGGCGCGUCGACGCGCCACAAUCAGGAGCAACAGCUCUCUUAUUUCUAACGAGAAGAACAAAAAAGGAGGAGAGAAGGAAGGAAACCUCCUGACAAUCGGAGAACUAGAGCGAUAUCUACGAAGAGAGAGAGAGAGAGAGAGAGAGAGAGAACGAGAGAGAGAGA